GUACAAGCGUAUUAAUCGACAACGACAACACACACAUUAUAUUAUUUUGACAGCAAAAAGUCAAACGUUGGUACAAUUAUCGAAGCGAUAGCUUAGCUUUAGCUAGGAAGUUUACCGAUACGCCAAAGUGCAUACACGGAAAUAUUAACAGGUAGCACACAGAAGCACCAUGUGGACGGAACAGCGAAGGAGAACUCGGUUGCCUUGUCGGAAUUAUUCGUGAAAAACAAACAAAGCAAAAAACAUUGCCGAUAUGAUCGUUGUACAUUCAGUUUAUUAAAAAGUAAAUUAGAUUAUUUGGACUUGGACUGUACAUUUCGCGUAAUCAUGGGCAAAUCAAAGAGCAAGAACCAGAAAAAGUCCCGAGUAGAAGCCCACCGAGCGGCCGAGGAGACGUACCGAUCCGUCCCUCACUCGUUUGUCUUCCAUCGAGGCCGAGUGGGCAAAAACGUGGCUCAGCUCAUCACGGAUGUCAGGAGGGUCAUGGAGCCCUUCACCGCAGAGCAUUUAAAGGUCAGGAAAAAAAAUGUGCUGAAAGACUUUGUAGCCGUGGCUGGACCUAUUGGAGUGACACACUUCAUCAUCUUCAGCAAGACGCCCAGCUCUAUUACUAUGAGGUUGGCACGACUACCAAAAGGGCCCAUGCUCUACUUCAAAGUGCUCAAGUACACGCUCGUCAAAGACGUGGUCUCGUCUCUGAAGAAGCACCGGAUGCACGGGCAACAGUUCACGCACCACCCGCUGCUCAUCCUCAACAAUUUUGGAUCGGACGGCAUGCACAUCAAACUGAUGGCCACCAUGUUCCAGAAUAUGUUCCCCUCCAUUAAUGUGCACAAGGUGAGCCUCAACACCAUCAAGAGAUGCGUGCUGCUCAACUACAAACCAGAGACACAGGAAAUCGAAUUCCGCCAUUACAGCCUGAAGGUGGUGCCAGUGGGCAUGAGCCGCGGCCUCAAGCUUUUGUGCGCGCAGAUCGGGCCUCGCAUGACCCUGCAGCUGAUCAAGAUACAAGACGGAAUAUCGAGCGGGAACAUCAUGUACCACGCCACCAUCUUCAAGACGGAAGAGGAGAUCCAGGAGAUCCUGCAGAGGAAGGAGGAUGAGUUGAAGAACAAACAGGAGCGCCGGAAGAAGCAGGAGCUGAACGUCGCUCAGAAGAAACUGAAAAAGGAGGCGCACAAGAAGAAGUGCCUAGCAGGCAUCAAGAGCGAAGGAGAUGACAAGGACAGCGAGGUGGAGGAUCCUGGCACGCAGGAUGAGCGAGCGGCGGCCGCGGAGUCGGACGACGAGGCCGAGUACUAUCGGCAGGCUGUUGGAGAGGAGCCAGAUGAAGAUAUGUUCCCCGGAGCCAAGAGGAGGAGAAGCAAAGACGGACCUCAAGGACCUGCCAAAAAGAUGAGGAAGCUCUCUGCCAAUAAAACGUUCGGCCAAGAUAAAGGCAUUAGAAGAAGUGUCCCAGGAGGACAUAAGGAUAAAGCAGCAAAGAAAUUUGGCGAACGGCAGAAGAAACCCUUUGGAAAGAAAACAUUUGGAGAGAAGCCGUCACCUGGAGGAAAGCCAUUCAAAAAGCAGCAGCAGGGUGGAGAAAAUAGAUUUGGCAGCAAGAAAAAACGGGGAGACAACAAGAGAACUUUUAGCGGAAAGCUAAACAAAGGCCAAGCGUUCCAGCGCAACAGUCAGAAGAGCAAAGCGACCGCGAACAAGAAAAGUGACCGAGGUGCAAAGCAAAGCUCCAAACACAAGAAGAAAAAAGGUUGAGCACUUUUGAACUGCUAUGCUGACUGACUGUCGGAGAAAAGCAAAGCAAGAUUGAGUUUAUUGCAUUUUGUUUGAUGCUGUACAUUUAUGGAAAUUUUUAUUUCUAAUAAAUUGUUGAAAUUAUUAUUAACUCAA